AAUCUCAGCUCGCGGUGUGCUGCAUUCUAUCUCGUUUUCUCCUUUCGCUCAGGGUUGUUUAUUGGAGUUCGGUGCCGCCGCUGCUAUGGGGAAAGAGAAGAUUCACAUCAACAUUGUAGUCAUCGGUCAUGUGGACUCCGGGAAAUCCACAACCACCGGACACCUGAUCUACAAGUGCGGGGGCAUAGACAAGCGGACCAUUGAGAAGUUCGAGAAGGAAGCGGCGGAGAUGGGCAAAGGCUCCUUUAAGUACGCCUGGGUGUUGGACAAGCUGAAGGCGGAGCGGGAGCGCGGCAUCACCAUAGACAUCUCCCUGUGGAAGUUUGAGACUGGGAAAUAUUACAUCACGAUUAUCGAUGCUCCCGGGCAUCGUGACUUCAUCAAGAACAUGAUUACUGGCACCUCCCAGGCAGACUGUGCUGUCCUUAUUGUAGCUGCUGGUGUCGGAGAGUUUGAGGCUGGCAUCUCAAAGAAUGGACAGACUCGUGAACAUGCUCUGCUGGCAUUCACACUGGGAGUGAGACAGCUGAUCAUUGGAGUCAACAAGAUGGACUCAACAGAGCCUCCAUACAGCCAGAAGAGGUUUGAAGAAAUUACAAAAGAAGUCAGCAUCUACAUUAAGAAAAUAGGGUAUAACCCAGCAACAGUGGCAUUUGUGCCAAUAUCUGGCUGGCAUGGGGACAACAUGCUGGAGCCCAGCAGUAAUAUGCCCUGGUUCAAAGGAUGGAAGGUUGAAAGGAAAGAGGGAAAUGCCAAUGGAGUGACUCUACUUGAAGCUCUAGAUUCCAUCCUGCCACCUUCCCGCCCUGUGAACAAACCACUACGUCUUCCUCUGCAAGAUGUGUACAAGAUUGGUGGUAUUGGUACAGUCCCAGUAGGAAGAGUGGAGACUGGUAUUUUGAAGCCUGGAAUGGUGGUGACCUUUGCUCCUGGAAGCAUAACCACAGAAGUAAAGUCUGUAGAAAUGCACCAUGAGGCUUUACAAGAGGCCUCACCUGGAGACAAUGUUGGCUUCAAUGUCAAGAAUAUAUCUGUAAAGGAUGUCAAGAGAGGUAAUGUGGCUGGAGACAGCAAGAAUGACCCACCAAUGGAAGCUGGUAGUUUCACAGCACAGGUAAUAAUCCUUAAUCACCCAGGACAGAUAAAUGCUGGCUAUGCACCAGUGCUGGACUGUCACACUGCUCACAUAGCCUGUAAGUUUGCAGAAUUGAAAGAGAAAAUUGAUCGUAGAUCUGGCAAGAAGCUGGAAGACCAUCCCAAAAACCUAAAAUCCGGUGAUGCUGCUAUUGUGGAGAUGAUUCCUGGGAAACCAAUGUGUGUGGAAACCUUCUCCAGUUACCCUCCCCUAGGUCGUUUUGCAGUCCGUGACAUGAGGCAGACGGUGGCUGUUGGUGUCAUUAAAGCUGUAGACAAGAAGGCGGCAUCUACUGGCAAAGUUACAAAAUCUGCAGUUAAAGCAAGCAAGAAGUGAUUUGCUCAUUCCAGGAGACCAAAAUUGUGUAACUUAUUCUAUGCUGUAAAUGGACUUAAUAAACAUGCGAUGGCUA